GCAAGGAUUUGCACUUAUAGAGUUAUAUAGUGUUCAUAUGAGUCGAGAUGGCGAAGAAGGUGUGCGCGGUGACUGGCGGACGGGGGUUCAUGGCGAGACACCUGGUGGCGGCGUUGCUCCGCUCCGGUGAGUGGAGCGUGCGGAUCACCGACCUCGCCCCGGUGGCGGCCCUGGAGCCUGAGGAGAAGGAGGGGCUCCUCGGCGCCGCCCUCCGGGACGGCAUUGCGGUGUAUGCCUCCGCCGACGUCUGUGACCUUGCCCUGCUUACCAAGGCUUUCGAAGGGGUGGAUGUUGUUUUCCACACGGCUGCGGCGGAUCCUGUCAACAACAGCUUCAAACUCCAUUACAAGGUCAAUGUUGAGGGGACAAAGAAUGUCAUCGAUGCUUGUAAGACAUGCAAGGUUAAAAGGCUUAUAUACACUAGUUCGAGUGCUGUUGUAUUCGAUGGAGUACAUGGCCUCUUUGGCGUAGAUGAAUCAAUACCGUAUCCAGAUAAGUUUCCCGACGCAUACACACAAACUAAGGCAGAAGCAGAGAAGCUAGUGAAGAAGGCCAAUGACACAAACGAGCUUCUAACAUGUUGCAUUCGUCCCGGUACCAUUUUUGGUCCCGGUGACAUAUUAGUACCAUAUAUCGUUUCAUAUGCAAGAACGAUGUUCAUUAUUGGUGAUGGCAAGAAUAGUGAUGAUUUUGUUUAUGUCGAGAAUGUGGUGAAUGGUCAUAUCUGUGCCGAGAGAACUCUCACAACAAAAUCGGGUGCAGCAAGAAGCGGAGGCAAAGCCUACUUUAUAACCAAUAUGGAACCAAUGAAUAUGUGGAGGUUUAUAUAUAUUGUUUUGGAAGAACUUGGAUUCAAAAGGCGGAUUAAAAUAAAAAUACCUGCAUAUCUUCUCAAGCCAAUAGCACGUGUUCUAGGCUGGAAUUACAAUAAGCUAUCCUCUAUUUACGGAGUGCGACCAAAGUUUUGGCUAACAUCUGUGACGAUCAAGUAUUUGACUCUGAACAGAACAUUCAGUUGCAACAAUGCCAUCGAACAACUUGGUUACCAACCAAUAGUGUCACUCAAGGAGGGUAUAAAGAUAACUACUGAAUCUUAUAAGAGUAUGAGAUAUGCACAUUGAUCUCCCAAGAAAAAUGGCUACGGCGGUGGUAGUCUUUCCUUACACGAAGUACAAUUAAGAGUUCUUCGAGAAAGAAAAUAAGAAAAGGUGAAAGAACAUGGCGUGCCUCCAUAAUGAAAUAUUAUAUGUUUACCUCGUGUGUCUCAACAAUUCGUGGCCGAGGCUCAUUUGUAACUAAUUAGUGGACGUUCUACCGGGAUAAAGAAUUAUACUCCUCUACUCUUAUAAGUCUACAUGUCACCUGUUGCUCCUCAUGGUAAAAAAUUCAUCGUAAAUGGAUCAGAUGCAUGUCACCUGUAGCAAGCUUCUGGUAAAUAACUAGCAAGGCUACUGUGAUGGCACUAAUCUGUAUAAGUAAUAAGUAUUCUUUCUGAUCCUAAAUUCUUGAUUCAAAUUUGUCCAAAUAUGGAUGUAUCUAUUUUUUAAAAGUGUAUAGAUACAUGUAAUAUUUCGACGACAAUUUAGAAUCGGAGGAAGUACAAUAGUAUGAGGGCAUUUUUAGUGUCCCGCCCCACCAUCUUGUCUAUGUGACAUCUUAAAUUAGGAUGAGAGAUCGAGGAUGGUAUGGUAAGAAAAAAAUGCCACCAGUUGUGUAUCUUAUUUAUUAUUGAUGCAACUCUUGUUGGUACACCCUACACAAAUUAAUGCCCUUCUUCACUGA